AUGGAGAAAAUAUCUUUGUACGAUCCCGAAACAGACACCUCAGUGGAAGUGUUAUUGUCCAAAGAAGAUGCCACUCGUGUACAAACAGAUAUGGAGUUUGCAACUCUCCUAAUGAAUUCAGCUCUACAAGAACAACGGGCUGUAUCCACUGUAUCUGUCGCAGAGCAGAAUAUGGAAACUCAGAAUGCAGAACCAGACGAACCUGAUGAACAAAAGAAAUGUAUUGCUACUAAUGAGGUGGAAAGCGAAGCAGACGAAGGUUCUCUUUAUCGGUGGUCAGCACCAUGUAUUUUAUUACUUUUGGAGACAUACAUGGACAUGGAAGAUAAAUUUAGUAAUGGAAAAUAUUCUCAAAAGAAAUGCUGGGAGAUUGUGUCGAAGACACUGAAAGAGAAUCUCUACAUUGCCACCGGUCCUCAAUAG